AUGCGUUCCGCUUUGAUCACGUUCGUCCUGAUCCAGCUCGCUAGAAGCGUUGCUGGUGAAAAUCAUCAUUUUUUCACUGGCGCGUUCUCUGGCGGUGAUGUCUUUCUCAUGGAAUUCGACGACUUGUCAGAUACAUUGACCCUGCUUGCAAAUGAAUCUACCGUUGGGGAUACCACCAAGUGGAUCUCGUUCGAUGCACAAAAGAAGAACCUCUAUGUAGCCCAGGAUUCGUUUUAUGGCAGCUACGCCAUUGGAAGCAACCUGACUCUGACGUAUAAGUCACAAAUUAACCUCACAGAAGACUGUCAAAACCCCAACUUCAUCGUCGGAUCACUCCAAGCACCAUACUCUGUUUUCGGUGUACCAUUCAGCAGCGGCUGUUCAGGUCAGGCAAUUCAAGUCGAUAGUGAAGGAAGCCUCAAGGCAGUCACUGCCAAUAUCACAUACAACACAAAUGCCGGUGUUCACGGCUUAGCCAUUAGUCCUAAGGGCAACUUUAUCUAUUCCGCAGAUGACUCCGGCGAUGCUGUCUGGGUCCACUCGUACGAUAGUACAACUCAAACGUUGACCAAAGUCCAGCGAAUUAGCGCUCCUACUGGUGCAAACCCUCGACAUCUAACUGUGCAUCCCAAAGGUCUGUACGUGUAUACCGUGUUUGAGGAGACUACUGCGCUCGGCAUUUACAAGAGAAACCCCACAACUGGAAGAUUGACCUACACCAACCAAACUUACUCUUUGAUUCCAUCACAAUUCACCAAUACCUCCUCAUACUGGGCGGAUGAAGUUGCAUUCUCAACUUUUGAAGGAAACAGCGGCGUGCCAAAAUACUUGCUUGCCAGUACACGUUCCAGAAACACGACUGAAAAGGGGUAUGUUACCGUGUUUACAUUGGACCCAGAGAGUGGAUCGAUCGAAGAGAAGUUAUUGCAACUCCCCACGACAGGCAGCGGAGGUAAUGCCAACUCGGUAUCGCCCGCAUCCUUUAGCGAGGACUACUUCGCAAUCACCGAUAGCGGAAGUGAUUUCGUCGAGAUAUGGAAGAUCAAAAACCGGACUGCUGAGGCUGUCGCUCACUUGGAUUUAUCAGUUGGUCCGGCAAACAUUGUCUGGUACAGUUAG